GGGGAAUGGCAUGCUGUUUUCUCGGUAUUCCAAUCUCCAUCGUCCACACCAUCCACCGUGUUUAUAUAAACCACUUGGAGAGAGAGAAAGAGAAUUAAUGUGUUUAUGUCAAUGGAUGCCUACUGCUCCGACUGCAAGAAGAGCACCGAGGUGGUGUUCGAUCACUCCGCCGGCGAUAUGGUUUGUUCUGAAUGCGGCCUCGUUCUCGAGUCCCACUCCGUCGAUGAGACCUCCGAGUGGAGAACUUUCGCCAACGAGUCCGGAGAUAAUGAUCCUAAUCGAGUUGGAGGCCCCAGCAAUCCGCUCCUCACCGACGGUGGCCUCUCCACUGUCAUCUCCAAGCCUAAUGGAACCACCAGCGACUUUUUGACCUCGUCUCUCGGCCGCUGGCAGAAUCGCGGCUCCAAUCCUGACCGUUCCCUCAUUCUCGCCUUCAAAACCAUCGGCACUAUGUCUGACAGAUUGGGCUUGGUUGCCACUAUAAAGGAUCGUGCCAAUGAGAUUUACAAGAAGGUAGAAGAUCAGAAAUCUAGUAGAGGAAGAAACCAGGAUGCUAUCCUAGCUGCCUGCCUAUACAUUGCUUGUAGACAGGAGGACAAGCCCCGCACUGUAAAGGAAAUAUGCUCUGUUGCCAAUGGUGCAACCAAGAAGGAGAUUGGCCGAGCAAAGGAAUACAUAGUGAAACAACUAGAGAUCGAGAUGGGUCAAUCUGUGGAUAUGGGCACUAUACAUGCUGGGGAUUUCAUGCGACGGUUUUGUUCAAACCUUGGAAUGGCAAAUCAAGCUGUUAAAGCUGCCCAAGAAGCUGUCAAAAAAUCAGAAGAGUUUGACAUAAGGAGGAGCCCCAUAUCUAUUGCAGCAGCUGUUAUAUACAUCGUUACUCAGCUUUCAGAUGAUAAAAAGCCUGUCAAAGAUGUAUCAGCGGCUACAGGCGUAGCAGAAGGGACAAUUAGGAAUUCCUUCAAGGAUCUGUACCCGCAUCUCUCAAAGAUAGUGCCAAAUUGGUAUGCUCAAGAACAGGACUUGAAAAACCUCAAUAGCCCUUGACAUCAAAACACUGAUAGCAAUUAAGCAAGCCAGUCAUCUUCGAAUCAUUUCUGAGGACCUCCAUGACAGAUUCAAUGACAAAUACUCCUUAUUUUGUAACGAAACUGAUAAAUUCUGAACAGUUAGAAUUUUCAGGUUUUGAUCUUUUGAAGUUGGAGCAAAUUACAAGCAUUUCUUUUGCUCAUAUCUUUGUUAUAUAUAGACAGUUAUUAUUGUUUCACCUAAAUUUUUAAUGGUACAUGAAUCUGACAAAUCAUUUUUAUCA